UCUUAUAAAGGCCCCGCGCCAUUCGCCAUCCCCCUCACUUCCGCUCGCUUUUGCUGCCAUGGACGGGUAGGAAGGAGGCCAGAGUGGCGGUGCCGACGCGCGGUGGGAGGGAGGAGGGAGGAGGAGGAGAGGGCGGCGGCGGAGAUGGGGCUGCUGUCGAACCGGGUGGAGCGGUCGGAGAUCAGGCCGGGGGACCACAUCUACACCUGGAGGGCCGUCUACGCCUACUCCCACCACGGUAUUUAUGUUGGAGGAAGCAAAGUGGUUCAUUUUACUCGAAAGAAAGAAGCAGAAUCUGGCUCAGAUUCAUCCAAUUCGACCUCCAGCCUAUUAUUAGAGUCUUCAUCAGAGUGCCCAACAUUCCCAGAUUGUGGGUUUCAGCUGCCUGAUAGUGGUGUCGUCCUCACCUGCUUGGAUUGCUUCCUUCGGAAUGGCUCUCUAUACUGCUUCGAAUACGGAGUGCCAUCAGCCGUUUUCCUUGCUAAGCUGCGUGGAGGAACCUGUACAAUUGCACAGUCAGACCCGCCAGAGGUUGUCGUACACAGAGCCAUGUACUUACUUCAGAAUGGCUUUGGAAAUUAUGACAUAUUUGAGAAUAAUUGUGAGGACUUCGCACUCUACUGCAAAACUGGGCUUCUACCUGCUGAGGAACCUGGCAUUGGGACAAGUGGGCAAGCAUCUUCGGCGAUUGGUGUGCCAUUGGCAGCUCUUCUGUCCACUCCACUUAAGCUUUUUGCUGCUGGUCCACUUGGAAUGGCCACUGUCACAGCUGGGAUGUACUGUGCUGGUAGAUACAUCACUGACAUAGGAGUGAGAAAGGAUGUGGCAAAAAUUGAAGUGGAAAAUUUAUCAUCACACCUUGGUAGACACCUGAUUGAGGAUGAAGGAUCAGUGAACAUACGGUCAGAGAAACCAAAAACUCUGCUGCCUAUGAAGAGAAAACGUGAGAGGUGAUGAUGACUAUAUACUGCCUAUCGUUCAUAAUUGGUGCAGAACUGUGCAUAUUUCAAAAUUUAUUAUUCGCUAUAAUAAGUUCGAUAUAGAUAUGUACCUGUGAAGUGGUUCAGUUAAAAGCCACACUUCACAUGAUCAAUUGAAACUACAUUCGAAACAGAACAUGUGAUGGAAAUUGGACAGUUGAAUCAUUGAAGUAAAAGGAGUUAUUUACCGUUCUAUG